CUCCCAUACUCUUGAAGAUACAUCACACAUGUCUGACAUGUACUCACAUCACUUUAUAUAAGGGUAAACUUAAUGUUUUUUUGUUUUGGAAUGGGUGUGUUGUGUGUGUGUAUGUGCACGCACACACACACAUAUAUGUGUAUUUUCUUCCUUUCUUGGUUUUACCUGACAUUGUUUAGGCUAUAGCAGUUGUAUUGGAGCACUUUUUUCAGUAAUGAUCUAGUGAUAGUCAGGUCCUUUUAUUUAGAUUAUAUUUUGAGUUCUGAAUAUUACAAUGCCACAUUAUUACCUAUUUGUACAAACUGUUAAACUCUUCAUAUAAUUUCUCUUUUACCUUUUUGGUUAUUUUCUUAAUCUAUCAUUUUGAAGUAUUAAAAAAUCUUAGAAUAUUCCAGAAUAAUUAUAGCACAUUGUCUUUUUUUUUCCAUUGGAGUUUAUUGAUUGCUCAGAUAAGCCAAUAAAAACCAGUAGUGAGAAGCGAUGGAAGUAAAAGGAUUAUACAAUAACAAGAGAAAAAACAACCCAACUAGGAAUGAUCUGGUAAUACAGAAACCCAGAUAUAAGGAAGACAAAGGUCCCUCGUAAAUGAUGAGCUGAAAUGCCUUCCCUAGAUACACAGUUCUGCCAGGGUAAGCAGCUUGUUCUGAUGGAGGAAGAGAUGGCUAAACUUGAACACCUCAAUUUGUAGAAAUCCUUGUGAUAAAUCAGAGACUGAACAAACGGGUUAAAUAAGGUGGGAAUUUUAGGGUUCAUAUCUAUCUAGUGCUAUGCACCAUGUAGGUGCAGUAAAUUAUAAUUGUUUCCUGAAUUUAAUGUAAAAAAAUUUGGUAAGAUUUUAGUUUUGGCAGUUAGGCUGUAGGUUUUUUCCUAGGUAAAUUGUUAUUACAAUGUGUAAGUUAAGCAGGUAUUUUACUGUUAGAUUUUAGUCUUCAACCCUUGAUUUUUUAAAACUUAUCAAAAUAAUACAUGUUUAUUCUAAUAAAUGAUACAGAUAUAUGUAAAUUUUAAAAUUAUAGUUCCCUUUUCUUCUCACCUAUCCCCCAACUGUUUAGUGUAUAUCCUUUCAUACCUUUUGAUCUGUUAGAUGUCUUUGUGUAUCAUUUGGCCUUAUUUAUGGAAUAUUUCAUACCACAAUUUAAAAUUUUUCAUGUCACCAGAUCUUUCUUUUUUUCCUCUUUUGUCAUGCGGAUUUCUUGCUUUCCAUUCUUCUUACAACUGUUGUGGUAGAUACUUAUUUUCCUUUUUAUGGAGAAAAUAUGAAAGUUAUGAAAUGAAAAUAUAUAGAGAACCUUGAAACAUUUGACCUUAUUUUUUCUUAUACUCUGCAUCUGUGAAUUAUUUUAUUAAGAUUUAAGGCUUUUGUGUGUUUUAUGUCUCCUUAACAUGUUGACACAUCAAGAAUUAGUCAGCUGUGUGGGCUGGACUACUGCUGAAGAACUGUAUUCAUGUAGUGAUGACCACCAGAUAGUGAAGUGGAACUUGUUAACAAGUGAAACAAGUCAGAUAGUAAAGCUUCCUGAUGAUAUUUACCCAAUAGAUCUUCACUGGUUUCCAAAAAGUUUAGGCAUAAAGAAGCAAACUCAAGCAGAAAGCUUUGUCCUUACAAGUUCUGAUGGUAAAUUUCAUCUGAUUUCUAAGUUAGGAAGAGUGGAAAAAAGUGUAGAAGCUCACUGUGGAGCAGUUCUUGCAGGAAGAUGGAAUUAUGAAGGAACAGCAUUAGUUACAGCUGGAGAAGAUGGACAAAUAAAAAUCUGGUCAAAGACUGGGAUGCUAAGAUCAACUUUAGCUCAGCAAGGAACACCAGUAUAUUCAGUAGUGUGGGGCCCUGAUUCAGAAAAGGUUCUUUACACAGCAGGCAAGCAGCUGAUCAUUAAACCUCUUCAACCAAAUGCUAAAGUUUUACAGUGGAAAGCUCAUGAUGGCAUUAUUUUAAAAGUAGAUUGGAACUCUGUCAAUGAUCUAAUUUUAUCUGCUGGUGAGGAUUGUAAAUAUAAGGUAUGGGAUAGUUAUGGCCGUCCUCUGUACAAUUCACAACCUCAUGAGCAUCCUAUUACCUCAGUUGCCUGGGCUCCAGAUGGAGAAUUAUUUGCUGUUGGAUCAUUUCAUACUUUACGCUUGUGUGAUAAAACUGGGUGGUCGUAUGCUUUGGAAAAGCCCAACACCGGCAGUAUAUUUAACAUCGCGUGGUCAAUUGAUGGCACUCAGAUCGCUGGAGCCUGUGGAAAUGGGCAUGUUGUUUUUGCACAUGUGGUGGAGCAGCGUUGGGAGUGGAAAAAUUUUCAAGUAACGUUAACUAAACGAAGGACCAUGCAGGUUCGUAACGUUCUUAAUGAUGCAGUGGAUUUACUGGAAUUCCGUGAUAGAGUGAUUAAAGCAUCUUUGAACUAUGCACACUUAGUUGUUUCAACAUCUCUUCAAUGUUAUGUGUUCUCUACGAAGAACUGGAAUACACCUCUUAUAUUUGAUCUAAAAGAAGGAACUGUUAGUUUAAUUCUGCAGGCAGAAAGACAUUUUCUUCUUGUAGAUGGUGGUGGUAUCUAUUUAUAUUCUUAUGAAGGCCGGUUCAUUUCUUCUCCAAAAUUUCCUGGAAUGAGAACAGAUAUUCUGAAUGCACAGACUGUAUCUCUGAGUAAUGAUACCAUAGCAAUAAAAGACAAAGCUGAUGAAAAAAUAAUCUUCCUUUUUGAGGCAUCAACUGGAAAACCAUUAGGUGACGGGAAGCUUCUUUCUCAUAAGAAUGAAAUUUUGGAAAUUGCUCUGGAUCAAAAAGGACUUACCAAUGACAGAAAAAUUGCCUUCAUUGAUAAAAAUAGAGAUCUCUAUAUCACCUCAGUGAAACGAUUUGGGAAGGAAGAACAAAUUAUCAAACUUGGAACAAUGGUGCAUACUUUGGCAUGGAGUGAUACAUGCAAUAUCCUUUGUGGACUUCAGGAUACUCGAUUUACAGUGUGGUACUACCCCAAUACAGUUUAUGUCGACAGAGACAUUUUGCCUAAAACAUUAUAUGAAAGGGAUGCAAGCGAAUUUAGUAAAAAUCCCCAUAUUGUGAGUUUUGUUGGAAAUCAGGUAACUAUAAGAAGAGCUGAUGGCUCACUGAUUCACAUCAGCAUAUCACCAUAUCCUGGUAUUCUCCAUGAAUAUGUAAGCAGUUCAAAAUGGGAAGAUGGUGUAAGACUUUGUCGUUUUGUUAAGGAGCAAACCAUGUGGGCUUGCCUAGCUGCUAUGGCAGUUGCUAAUAGAGAUAUGACUACCGCAGAAAUAGCCUAUGCAGCAAUUGGUGAAAUUGAUAAGGUUCAGUACAUCAAUUCUAUAAAAGAUCUUCCAUCUAAAGAAUCAAAAAUGGCUCACAUACUAAUGUUUAGUGGGAACAUACAGGAGGCUGAAAUGGUACUUCUUCAGGCUGGCCUUAUUUAUCAAGCGAUCCAGAUCAAUAUUAAUCUCUAUAACUGGGAAAGGGCACUUGAAUUGGCUGUAAAAUAUAAAACACACGUUGAUACAGUUCUUGCUUACCGGCAAAAGUUUUUGGAGACAUUUGGUAAACAGGAAACUAAUAAACGGUAUUUGCAGUAUGCAGAAGGUCUCCAAAUAGAUUGGGAGAAAAUCAAAGCCAAAAUUGAGAUGGAAAUUACCAAAGAACGAGAGCAAUCAUCAAGCAGCCAGUCCAGCAAGCAUAUAGGUCUAAAGCACUAAAUUCCUUGCUUACCAUUAAGAAAUUUUACCUUUUGAAACAUUCUGAUUAACCAAGGAUAAUUGUAUUUUUAUUGCUAAAGAAAAAGGCAGAAUCUUUAAGUAUAAGUACUUGCUGUGUAUUUACCACUAAAAAUACAUUCAGAAAGACUAAGCACAAAAUAAUUGAUGCAGUUUCAUCUUUUAUAUAGUUUAGUCCAAUAAUUAGCAAAAUAUUCUCAUAUACUUAUGAUACACCUAUGUAGUAUUGCUUACAUUCCAGUUUUUUGUCCAUUAUUUUAUCCCUGAAUCAUCAGCAUGAACAAAUAUUAAUGCUCAUAAUAAACCAUUGGACCCUUUAAAAUGUAUGAUAGCAUUAAUUUUUAUUUCACCACUAAAUCAUAAGAUGUUCCAAAAGUUUACUUAUACAACAAAAAUACAUGAGGAUGGACUUAUGAAAAUGUAUAACAGUACGUACAUUUGUACAUCAGUAUUCAUAGGAUUAUUAACAGUAGCAAAAAGGACAAAAAAAAGAUGCCUAUCAACAGAUGAACGGAUAAACAAAAUAUGGUAUAUACAUACAGUGGAAUAUUAUUCAGCCUUUAAAAGGAAGGGAAUUUUGAUGCAUGCUACAACACGGAUGAACCUUGAAAAUAAUGCUAACUGAAAUAACCCAGACUACUGAAUGAUCCCACUUAUAUGAGGUACCUAAAAUAAGGAAGUUCGUUGAGACAGAAAGGAGAAUAGUGGUUGCCAGGGAUUGGAGGGAGGUGGAUAUGGGGCAUUCUUGUUUAAUGAGUACAGAAUUCCUGUUUGGGAUGAAUGAGUUCUGGAAAUGGACAGUGGCGAUUAUCGCACAGCAUUGUGAAUAUACUUAAUGCCACCGAAUGGUACAGUUAAAAAUGGUUAAAAUGGUAAGUUAUAUAUAUAUCUGCACCAUAAUUUUAGAAAUAUAUCUAGAAUGGACAAGAAAUAUUUUUCUCAUUACUCUCCUGACUUGAGAAUGUUCACGCACUAGGGUCCUGGAGUCUGAAUUUGUGAAAAUCUCCUUAAAUGAUAAACCUGUUUGACUACUUUCAGUAUGUCCUAAAAUAUUGCCACAGAAGCUUUUGAACAUUAACCCAAAUACUCCUUAGAAAGUCCUCCAUAAUGUAAAUUUUGGAGAGGCAUAUUAUAGAGUGGGUAUAUGCAUAUUCACUGGAAAAUGAUUACCUCUCUCAUUUUCAUUUUAAUUAAUGUAUAUUUAUUUUAUGAAAAUGUUCUUGUCUUUUCAACAUAUUUCUUUUCUUUUCUGGAAUGUUGAAAUAUUCUGCUUCUUCAGAUGCUGGGUACAAGAGUGAGUUUAGUUUGUGAAAUAUGAUUGAGCAGUUUACUUAUAAGUUGUACUUAUUAAUGUUUUCUAUAUAAUGUUAUAUUUCAAUAAACAGUUUAAAAA